AUGGAAUCUAACCCGCUACCCGGGUGUAGUACUCAAAGAUCGUUUGCAGACGCACUUCCUGCAGAUUUGGUGGACCCCUCUGGGGACCCGUUAUUUAACCCUGACUCACUCCAUCACCCGCGUUCCGCGGAAUGGCUACCUUUGGACCAUGUGUCCAAAUAUUUGGAGGCGCGGGUGCGGUGCCCUCUAUCCAGAGAGGCCCGCAAUAAGCUCAGGGCGGAAUGCCCCAGACCAAUCAUCCCCAACAAGGUCUGCAAUACCCCGUCUGUGGAUCCGAAAAAGAUCCAAUUCCUUUCUAAAGCGGGUUGGAACCCGCGUAAGGGCCUGGAGUCAGCCCUGCGCUCCUGCCAGGACAAGCUCCUGGACGUGUUCGGCCCUCUAGCCAAGAUUUUUGAUCUGGCGGAGUCAGCUAAGGCUGAGGGCGGUCAGGUAGACCCAGUAGAGUUGCGCGAAUGGGUGCAGCGCGCCAUUUGCAUUACGGGCAACGUGAAUACGUCCCUAUCCAUGGAACGGCGCAAGGCCAUCUUGUUCAAAAUUGAACCAAAACUCGCAAACCUGGCACUGACAGAGACGGGAAAGGAGGCUCAAGGCCUACUAUUUGGAGAGUCCUUCAUCAAGGACCUAGGCCGCUAUGUAGGCGCUUUCACCGCCCUAGAUAAGGCCCAAAGUUCCAUGAAAAGAGUUUUCCAUGGUAGGGUCUCUACCAGGGCCGGCAGUUUCAGGGGCCGUCUGUCCGGCCGCGCCCAGUACCAGUCCCGUGGCUCGGGUCGAGGCUCCUCACAAAGACCGGCUUUCCAGGAGCACAGGCGGGAUCCUGCGCCUUUCUUCCCAUCCAGAGGAAAUCCUUGGAGAUCCAGGGGAUAUAGAGGACAACCCGGUUCCAGACGCCCCUACGGUUGAGACUGAAAUGUUGAGCAGUAUUCGUUGUUCUGCAUGAGGUUUUGGAGGGUCGGCAGUUUCGGUUCCAGCCGAUCGUUGAAGUGGACGGGACGAGGACUAUUCUGUCAAGACUUCGUUCCGGUUUGUUCCUGGUUCGCGCCCAGAUGACU